AUGAAGUGCCUCACUACCCGUGGCAUUUGUGGUGGAUAUUACAUCCAACCCCGGAAGAAUCAGUCGUGGAGGCACAGGCGCCGUCUCGCCCUUGAGCCCAAAGCACUGCAGGCAUGCAUAACCAUCACCGAGCCAGCGGUAGGGCUCAGGUUCGAAGACGACUACCAAAUCAUGUACUUUGACGAAUGGAGAUACCUCGCCGAGGCGCCACUCAGCGGUUUUACCUCAAGCAAGUUGUGGUCCACCUUCAUGCCGCAACUCACGAGUCAAAGCAUCGUGCUCCGCCAUGCCGCCUUGAGUAUUGGGGCGAUGAGCCAUGCGCUAUCUGCCCAGUCGACGGGUCAUGAUACUGACAAGCAGCGCCACUAUCAGAGCGCCAUUGAGUAUUACUGCAAAGCCAUACGGUCGCUAGCUAAGUCCAGCCAUUCUGCGGUUAAUACCCUGGAUGCGGUGUUGCUCUCUAUCCUGUUCGCAACCUUUGAAAGUCUUUGUCGUAAUACAAAGUGCGCACUCGAGCAUGUCUUCCAUGGCUUGUCUAUGAUACGCGGCCUAUGCAGUGGACCGAAUGCGAUGGCGCUUCUCAAUCAGCUUGCGCCUGAGCCGGGAGAACUGAUGAGUGAGGUUGUCAGCCUGUACUCGCGACUGGGUGUCCAGACUCAGAUAAUUGCAGGCGGCCGUAUCGACGCAAGAAACUCGGAUUUGGGAACUUCGCGUGAGAGAUUAAAAGCUAGUCCAGAGGAAAUGCACAGCAUUAACUCGCGACUGGAUCGAUAUUUCAACCCACGACAAGGUUUGGGCUUCCACAAAGAAACAUUCUCCCGCUCGGAAGAGGCCUUGGAAUAUUGGGUUGCCAUGACACGCCGAAUUGAAACCAUGGGCCCUGACAUUGUGAGGGUGGUGAGGAAUCUACUCAGCGAAGAUGCUACAGAUCACUCAGCAGUUGAGAAAGCCAUUGAUCGUUUCCAGAGCUCCACUGAGCUCAGGUCAUAUACGAGUAAUGCGUGUGCUCAGUUAGAGCAAUGGAGGAGAGCCUUUUGGCCUCUUUAUCAACGCCAUGGUGCAUCUCAUGCAGGCGAGAUAUCCGAUUGGUCCAUUGUCAGCCUUUACGUUGAAUACCUGGCCCUGUCUAUUCACAGCAAUGUUGCACAGUAUGGAGACUACGAGUAUGUUGAAUCGAUUACACCCAAAUGCCGUGAUAUCGUCAAAUUAUGCGAGGUUCUACUAUGCCAACAAAAUAUAAAAUCAAGGAGACCAGCAUCCAUGUUCACUAUGCACACUGGUCUGACAUGGCAUCUGACAUUUGUAGCGAUAAACUGUCGUGAUCCCGAUGUACGUCUGAGCGCGAUGCGGGUGCUGGAGACGUAUCCUAGACAUGAUGGUCUCUGGAGCAGUCACUUGCUUCUCGAGAUAACAAAGAAGAGCCAGGAUAUCGAGACUGAAAACAUCACUGAAGAGUUUUCAGAGGUGCAGUGGCGGCGGCUUUGUCGUCGAGUGUACCUCUUCGAGGAGGCGGAGAGCAAGCUGAUCUUUCGGUUUAUGCGCAAGGACAAUGAAACCAAACAGUGGGAGUAUAUUGAGGAGUUUGCAGAUGCCUCUCAAUUGAGUACUGGAGUAGACGGUUUGGAAUGGAGGCGGAGGCCACUCAGCAGCCAAAUGUUCACUUUGCAAUGGGGACGAACGGCCGAUGCGGCUUCCGGAAGUUUAUGGCCGGGGAUGGGCUGUGUCAAGCCGGUUCCAUCAUCAUAG